CGCGCGCUCUGUCCCCCUUUCUCUCGCGCGUAUUCGUUCGAUCCGUUCGUCCGUCGCGUUCAUUCCUCCCGUCGGAAGCGCGACACUCGCCAACACGGCACAGCGCAGAAUAACGCUGCUCGGUUCCCAUUUGUUGCAACACCGAGGUGCAGCAGUGCAGCAGCGCUCGGUGCACGUCGCCGACGCGCUCCCACGAAAAUAACGAUCCAAUCGCGAGCGUGUAAACAAUGGCUGCGAGUGUGCGGGUUGGCCGCGCUGUCGUCAAGUCGACCGUCGGCGGCCAACCGCCGAGCCGGCCGUCGCGGCGCCAACGGAAAGCGGCGGUGCACUGUCUUUGCGGUCCCCACUACGCCGUCGCACGUCGAGCAUUCAGUAGGACUCGGCCAUUUCUCUCGCGAAGCACAUCGACUUGCUCGGCCGCGCGACGUUUUUUUUUUCGCGACCACAUCGUGCGGGUACUCCCGGAAGUUUUGCAAAAUAACGCGACGUAAAAGGAUGAUACACUCCGGGCGCACCAGGCUCGAGAAAAAAGUAAGUCGCGUGGGAGUGAUAGGAAGGGGCGGCCAGGUCGGCCAGCAGGCGGUCCAAGAUUCCGGUUCCGGCGGACAAUGGUGGCGGCAGCAGCAUCCUUCCUAUUAUCAUCAUCAUCGCCAACAUCAUCACCAUUAUCAUCAUCAGGCCGGUUACUCUACAUCGCAAUCGCACACUCACAACAACCCUGUCACUACCAUGAAGCAAUCCUACAUGCAGCUAACAUGGGUGUUUCACGAUGACGAGGCGCAGAUUAACAAGAAACUGCCAAAAGAAUUACUACUCAGAAUUCUUUCGUACCUCGAUGUCGUAUCGCUAUGCCGUUGUGCCCAAGUAAGCAAGGCCUGGAACGUAUUAGCGCUCGAUGGGUCCAAUUGGCAGAGGAUCGAUCUCUUCGACUUUCAACGAGACGUGGAGGGACCAGUAAUAGAAAAUAUCUCGAGGCGUUGCGGCGGAUUCCUCAGGCAGCUCUCCCUCAGGGGAUGCCAGAGCAUCGGCAACAACUCGAUGCGUACCUUAGCCCAAUCGUGUCCUAAUAUCGAGGAGCUUAAUCUGAGCCAGUGCAAGAAGAUCUCGGACGCGACCUGCGCGGCUCUCAGUAGUCAUUGCCCCAAGCUCCAGCGACUGAAUCUGGACUCCUGUCCCGAGAUAACGGACAUUUCCCUCAAGGAUCUCUCGGACGGUUGCCCGUUGCUCACUCACAUCAACCUCUCGUGGUGCGAGCUGCUCACCGACAACGGGGUGGAGGCGCUCGCCAGGGGUUGCCCGGAACUUCGUAGCUUCCUCAGCAAGGGAUGCCGCCAGCUGACGGAUCGGGCUGUAAAGUGUUUAGCGCGCUAUUGUCCUAAUCUCGAAGCAAUCAAUCUACACGAAUGCCGGAAUAUAACAGACGAUGCAGUUAGAGAACUCAGCGAGCAGUGCCCACGGCUGCAUUACGUUUGCCUGUCGAAUUGCCCCAAUUUAACGGAUGCGUCGUUGGUCACUCUGGCACAACACUGUCCACUUCUCAGUGUACUCGAGUGCGUCGGGUGCACCCAUUUCACGGACGCGGGCUUUCAGGCUCUCGCGAAGAACUGCAGACUACUCGAGAAGAUGGAUCUGGAAGAGUGCCUUUUAAUAACCGACGCUACCCUCAUUCACCUCGCGAUGGGUUGUCCGCGAUUGGAGAAACUGAGUCUGUCGCAUUGCGAGCUGAUCACCGACGAGGGUAUCCGCCAGUUGGCCCUGUCGCCGUGCGCGGCGGAACACCUAGCCGUCUUGGAGCUGGACAACUGCCCGCUUAUCACGGACGCCAGCCUGGAUCACCUGCUGCAGGCCUGCCACAAUCUUGAGCGUAUUGAGCUUUACGACUGCCAACUGAUCACCAGAGCUGGCAUACGUAGACUCAGAACCCAUCUACCCAACAUAAAGGUGCACGCGUAUUUUGCACCGGUGACUCCUCCGCCCAGUGCAGGAGCCUCGCGACCACGAUACUGUCGGUGCUGCGUCAUUCUGUGAUUCUGCCUUCAACUGACUCCGAAGUAAAUCGUCCGAUCGUACCGACGGGAUUAGUGGACUCUUAUCGGUGGUCGCCGGCUAACCCGCCGGCGAUUGUGGGACCUCUCUCUGACGGUCACCAGAGGAACAAGUGACACUCUGGCCGCCGCCCGUCAUUGACAGUGAGAUUGACAGGACACGUUGUCAAUCCCAAAUCCUUAAAUCGAUUCGAGUUCCAUACGCAACGAGUGAAG